AACAAUAUAAAAUGUAUUAAUUGAGCAAUGUAUUAUGCAUUGAACAACAUAUGGGCAUCGUAGUUUGAAUUUCAUGCUGUCGAAUACUUAUAUUUAUCUUGGAAAUGUAUGAAUUUUCAUGACACUUGACAUAAAUAUAAUAGAAUGUUGUCUCAUUCUGUGCCAUUUUAACGUCUUUUGUUAUUACUCUCUCGAUGUUAACUUGGGUUUGCAUUAUGCAAAAGUAAUGUUACAUGACACCAGCAAUGUAGUUUACUAGAUGGCGGGAGGCAGCCAUGCCUUCAGAUGGCUAAACAAGUGCUACAGAAUAUCAUACAACAAUAAGAAUAUUCUAUAUUUAAAAAAUAAUAAUGCAAAAUGUCUCACAAUACUGUCUACAGUUGGAGUGCUAAUAGAUUAAGAUCAAAUGUAUAUUUUUCUUAAAUUGUAUACAUCAUUUUAACGAGUCAACAACAAUAAUUGGAACAACUACAGCAGGACCUCCACUGUGUUCAGAUGUUCUGUCUAUGUGUGUCUUACUGGUUUUGUGUGUCUUACUGGAAUGUUAUAAAACAGCUCACGGUCUCGAGGAUAGUGUUUAACUGCCAUCUCUACUGUCAGUCUAAAUUUGACAUCGGAAGACAUUCUGAAGGAUUAUAGAUGAACAGAGAAAAAAAACAUGACGAUAACUACGACUCGGACUUGGAUGAAGACGAGGCGACGCAGUACAUUAUCGAACAGAGUCUGAUUCAAUAUAGAAAACUCAAGGGCUUGAGUCCCGGUGAUCUGAAAGUCAGUGAAGAUCCGGAGGAACUCUUCAGAGCAAUUAAGGAAGGCGAUGAGGAAGCACUGAAGAGACUGACAAUACAGCCCAAAGCUCUGUCGAAAGUGGACGAGCGAGGGUGGAUCCCUCUGCAUGAGGCUGCAGUGCAGGGAAGUCGAGAAAUACUGGAGGUUAUCUUCUCAGGAUCCUCUCAGGGAGCUUGCCAGUGUCGGACACUUAAAGGUGAGACACCACUGUUCCUGGCAGUGGUGUACGGCCUUCGGGGCAACGCUACCUUUCUGAUCCAGAAUGGGUGCGACCCAGACCUCCAGAACGAUGAACAGGACUCUCCUUUAGUGGCAGCUAUUCUAAAUGAUCAGUACGACUUGGCCACACUGCUGCUACGCUACAACGCUAACGUGGACCAAACGGGACCCCUGGAACGGACGGCGCUGCACGAGUCGGCCUUCUUGGGGCUUGAGAACUUUGUGCAUUUGCUCCUGGAGUCUGGUGCUAACCCCAAUGCAUUUGACAUCAAGAGGAAAACUCCACUGGCUUUGGCCGUGCAGAACGGACACCUGAAUGUAGUGGAGAUCCUUCUCCAGAAAGGAGCCCAUGUGAACUACGGAUCUGAGUCGGAGUUCGGCACCGUCCUGUUCGAUGCCGCAGCCUCUGGGAACCCCGACAUAGUCUCCACACUCCUGGACCACGGAGCAGACGCCAACAUAGCCCUGGACAGCGGACACCUGCCCAUCCAUCGGACAGCCUACCAUGGACACAUACUUGCACUGGAGCAGCUCAUCCCGGUGACCAAGAUGGAGGCGGUGAAGGAGAGCGGUAUGAGUCCCCUCCACUCUGCGGCGGCGGGGGGCCACGCCCUGUGCAUCGAGGCGCUGCUCCGCGCGGGCCACGACCCCAACACCAUGCUGCACCAGCGGGUGCGCCGUAACUAUGACGACGAGCGGCGCUCCGCCCUGUACUUCGCCGUGGCCAACAACGACUUGCAGUGCGCGCGGCAGCUGCUGGAGGCCGGUGCCAUGGUGAACCAGGACCCCGUCAGCUGCCUGCAGGUGGCCCUGAGGCAGGGCAACUACGAGAUGAUCAACGCCCUGCUGAAGGCCGGGGCCAACGUCAACUACUACUCCCGCGUCAACAGCACCCACUUCCCCUCGGCGGUGCAGUACGCGCUGAAGGACGAGGUGAUGCUGCGGAUGAUCCUGAACCACGGCUACGACGUGAAGCGCUGCUUCGACUGUCCCUACGGCGGCGGUUCCCAUGACUACACGCCGUGGACUUCCUCUUCGGUCGUCAAAGACAUGAUGUUCUGUGAGGUUAUAACGGUUCACUGGCUCAAGCAGCUCGCGGGCCAGGUGGUGCGUAUGAUGCUGGAGUACACGGACCAUGUGUCGUUCUGCACAAAGCUCAGGGACACAUUGCAGGAGCAGAAACAAUGGGAAGAGAUCUGUCACAUGCAGAGAAACCCAAGAGGCCUGAAACACCUUUGUCGACUGAGGAUAAGAGGAUAUCUGAGCCAACUGCGACUGAGAUCCCCCGUCUUCAUCAGCUAUCUUCCUCUCCCUCCCAGGCUGAGGGAUUAUCUUCUCUAUAAAGAGUAUGAUGUCUAUGGCAGGGGCAGUAUGGUUGGUCCCUAGGAAUUGGAGCAACACAAAAUCCUGUGAUGGGAUGAUAUGACCACUGGUGAAUAAUGCUGUCUGUUAAUGAUAGUCAGUCUAAUUAUGACAUACUUUCUUUUGUUUUUAUGUAGAUAUUUUUCUAUAAUUUUAUGAAAAGGCAUACACCACUUGAAUAAAAAAAUGUAAGGUUAGAUUAUGAUUUACUUUCCCCAGAUACAUAUCUAUGUUGACCUUAUUCCUUAUCGUAAUAAUUAUAAUUGAUUGCAUGGUGGGGGGAGGGGAUACACAGUAGGAUGUGGUACGUGGUAUGUUUUAAUAAAUGUAACCAUUUGAUAAUGACAUAGCCUACUUAUUGCCUCUAUUGGUUGUGUAAACACACAAAUACAUGAUUGUAAGACAAACUGAUAUAGACCAAGCACAUACAGCUUUGAAGGAUGUUGACCCCUAAUAUAAGAUGUACACAAAAUUCAAUUUGUGUGGUUUUCAGG